AUGAAGCAAAAGAUAGUUAUCAAGGUCGAAGUUAAGUGUGACAAAUGCAGAAUCAAAGCCUUGACAGUAGCAGCUGAUUCAGAUGGUGUUACAUCAAUGGGUUUUGAAGGGGAGGGAAAGGACAGGUUGGUGGUGAUAGGGGAAGGAGUUGAUUCAGUGAAGUUGACGGAGAGGUUGAGGAAGAAGAACGUGUAUGCAACCAUUGAAACUGUUGAAGAAGUCAAACCGCCAAAACCAGAAGAGAAGAAAGAAGAAAAGCCGCUGCCAGCUCCACCUCCAUCUCCACCUCCACCUCCACCGCCAUGUCAACCCCAGUUUCAGCUCUGCGAGGUGGUCUACGACGACCCAUAUGCUUCAAACCCUCGUUGCACCAUCAUGUGA